AUGGCCUCCCCCUACCCAAUCCUCCCAGAGAAGCUCCUUCUCAUCUCUUUGAAGAUGUACUUCACCCCAGACCGCACACUCACCUAUCUCCGCGACCUCCUCAACCCAACCAACGAGAUCGUCCACCCCCAAAACCGAGACAAGCUCCUCCUAGCUCUAAUCCCCGACUUCCUCACCAUCUGGCCGUGUGCCCAAAUCCUCAAAGAAUACGAAUCCCACCUCACCACCACCGGAAUCUCCCCAUCCCCAUCCCCCUUCCUCCUAGGCGCCCAAGACUGCUUCUGGGAACCCCAAGGCGCCUACACAGGCGAAGUAUCACCCGCCUCCAUCCGCAGCCUGGGCUGCUCAAUCGUCGAGCUCGGCCACGCCGAGCGCCGCGCCAUCUUCAACGAAACAGACGACCAAACCGCCCGCAAAGCCGCCGCAACCUGCGCCCAGCACAUGGUCCCACUCGUCUGCGUCGGCGAAGUAACCGCCCCAGGCCCCGUCGCAUCCCAAGCCGUCGGCCAGGCUGUCUCUGAAUGCGCGGUGCUUGUGCGCGCCGUCCUGGCUGCUAUUCCUGCCGACGCACCCGUUAUCUUCGCCUACGAGCCUGUCUGGGCCAUUGGCCAGCCAAAGCCUGCGGGCGUUGAUCAUGUCGCGGCCGUUGUGGAGGGUAUCCGGGCGGUCAUUGGCGCCCGACCUGGUGCUGCUCGUGUCUUGUACGGUGGCAGCGCGGGACCGGGGCUUUGGGGUGCUGGUGGGCUUGGAAAGGCCGUUGAUGGGAUGUUCUUGGGCCGCUUUGCGCAUGAGAUCGAGGGGGUGCGCAAGGUUGUCCGGGAGGUGGAGGAGACGCUGGCUGUGUGA